GCAAACCUCCUGGUUUAUGAACCGUCUGUCAGCCGCAUCUGAAGCAGCACACAUGAGAGAGAGAAGAAGAAGAGAGGCAACAGGAGAGAGCAUCUUAUUGCCAGAGAGAGAAACAAAGGAGGGGAAAAAGAGAUUGUGUGUUUGAAUGUAUCGCCUCCAGUGAAGCUUCAACGAGGGCGAGGAAGAGCAGCUCUGCAGCCUCCGGCGUUGUUAGCAUCACUUUGCUGCUGUGGUCAUCUCGGAGCCGAGGAGCAGUCGGAGGAAGUCGAAAAACUUUAAGCAGCUUAUGGGAUUUUAUUGGAUGAGAUAAGAGGAGCAUAUCAGUGAACCUGAGCAGCAGAGAUGAACCAGACUGCGUCCGUGUCUCAUCAGAUUGAGUGUCAGCCAGUCAAGGACUCCAAGGAGUUUGUGGACGUCAGCCCCCCCCAGAGGAACUGGAAGGGCAUCGCCAUCUCCCUGCUGGUGAUCGUGGCGGUCUGCUCGGUCAUCACCAUGUCGGUGGUCGUCCUCACGCCCGCGGAGCUCCCCGGCAGCAGCAGGUCCAGCCUGACUGUGGCCGACCUGUACAGACCAGAGUUCAGCGUCCACGACCCAGAGGCCACGUGGGUCAGUGAUUCAGAGGUGGUCUACAGGAACCGGGACGGCCACGUCAUCAAGUUCAACUUCGCCUCCAACGAGACAGAAGUCAUCAUGACCAACAGCACGUUUGUGGCCUUCAAGGUGGUAAAGUACUCGCUCUCUGCAGAUCUGAAGUACGCGCUCUUCGCCUACGAUGUCAAGCAGAUGUACAGAUAUUCAUACACGGCGUCUUACAUCGUUUACAACAUCUACACCAGCAGCAAUCAGAAACAGAUGGUGGGAGGUAGGGAGCUAAACCCUCCGGAGGUCUACAACGCGGUGCUCCAACACGCAGCUUGGGGAAGACAGGGACAACAGCUGAUCUACAUCUUUGAGAAUAACAUCUACUACCAGUCUGAUGUGAAGAGCAACUCUCUGAGAAUCACCUCCUCCGGGAUGGAGGGAGUCAUCUUCAACGGGCUGGCCGACUGGUUGUAUGAAGAGGAGAUUCUGCGUUCCCACUUGGCUCACUGGUGGUCGCCUGACGGAGAGUGGCUGGCUUUCCUCACCCUCAACGACACCCUGGUACCCAACAUGGUUCUGCCCCAGUUCACCGGCAACACGUAUCCCAAAGGACUACACUACCCAUAUCCUAUGGCCGGUCAGAGGAACCCUGCCGUCAAGUUGUCGGUGGUCAACCUGUUCGGAGCGACACACACUCAAGAACUGCAGCCUCCAGAUCAGCUCAGGCACAGCGAUUUCUACGUCACCAUGGUGAAGUGGCUCAGUAAUACUCACCUGGCAGUGUGGUGGGUCAACCGGCCCCAGAAUGCAUCAGUGCUGACGGUGUGUGAAGCCACCAUAGGAGUCUGUCUUCAGAGACAUGAGGAGUCUUCAGAGACGUGGCUCUCCAUGCAGGAGCCGCUGUUCUCCAAGGACAGGAGCAGGUUUUUCCUCACGCUGCCCGUGAAACAAGGAGGUCACGGAGAUUUCCACCACAUCACAAUGUUCUCCAAAAAGUUGCGAAGUGACCACGAUGAAGUCCGACACCUGACGUCAGGAGACUGGGAGGUGACAAAGAUUGUUGCGUACGAUGAAAACAACCAGAUCAUAUACUUCCUGAGCACAGAGGACUCUGCACAACAAAGACAUUUCUACAGUGUGUCCACCCUCGGCCUGUUUCCACGACAAUGUCUCACCUGCGGACUGAAGGAAGAGUGUUCGUUCUUUGACGCCGACGUCAGCCCCGAUGCGCAGCACGCCAUCCUGCACUGUAAAGGUCCUGGAGUUCCAGCUGUGCUGCUUCUCAGUUUCGAUGACGUGGACUCAUAUUUCAUCUUAGAGAAUAACCUUCCUCUGCGGUCGGUGCUGGAGACUAAAAAGAUGAUUCAGACUGAAAUCCGGACGAUCACGAACGACAACUUUGAGCUGCCUCUGAAGCUCAGCUACCCUCCGGACUUCUCUGAGUCCUACCUGUACGGCCUUCUUCUUAUUGUGGGCAGUUCCCUGGGCGCCCAGGCGGUGACGGAGGAGUUCGGGCUGGACUGGACCUCCGUGCUGGGGGGGUCCGAGCAGGUCAUCGUGGCUCGGCUCGACGGCAGAGGCUCGGGGUUCAGGGGACAAAGGGUUUUGCAGCAGGUCCAUCAGAGGCUGGGCACGGUGGAUGCAGAGGACCAGGCUGCAGCUGUGGAAUACCUGGCGGAUCUGCCGUUCGUGGAUCGCACCCGUGUCGGCGUCUUCGGAGAGGACUACGGGGGCUUCCUGGCCCUGACGAUGCUGAAGUCGACGGAGAAGCUGAUCCGAUGUGCUGCAGUGCAGGCUCCUGUCACUGACUGGUCCAUGUACGCCUCGGCCGUCUCAGAGAGAUACCUCGGCUCACCUUCAGCUGAGAAGAACAGAUACCAAGCGUCCAGAGUGGUCACCAACAUGAAAGGUCUGCAGGGGGGAACUCUGUUUCUGGCUCACGGCACCGCAGACGCCAACGUUCACUUCCAGCACUCUGCAGAGCUCAUCAAACACCUGAUAAAGAUCGGAGCCAACUAUACUAUGCAGAUCUACCCAGACGAGGGACACUUCCUGUCCAGACGCAGCCGGAUUCAGCUGACUCACUCCCUGAUUGGUUACUUUAGAGGAUGUCUGCUUGACGCAUCAUCAUUACUCGACCAACAAAAGCGGGACGGCGAGUGAGAGGAGACGUGGUUAUCAUUACUGGUGUGUGUGCUUGUGUGUGUGUGUGUGUGUGUGUGUGUGUGUGUGUGUGUGUGUGUGUGUGUGUGUGUGUUAUACCUAUAGAACAACAUUUCAAGGACAAAACAAGCUUCUUUCCAAUAUAUCAGAUAUGGUUUGUAUCCCUCAUCACCUCAGUAGAAUAAAGCUCCUCCAGUCAACAGAACAGAGAACAUAUUUAAGUUUUUGUGACGUAAGCUAUACAAAAUGUGUGGGAAGUUUGGAGGAGGUGAUGAAAUGACUUUCUUUAUGAAGCCAACUCCCGCUCUGAACUAUGACGGCCUUCUGUUGGCGCUCUCUCCUUUUUUUUUACGUGGUGUUUGUACGCUUUCUUCCCAUGUAAAGGUGAGAUAGCUGCAGCUUUUAGUGAGGAAAGUAAAACUUGGCUUCAAAUCUGAAGUGUUUCUGUACAACAUUAAAUAUUCAUUAUAAAAAAAUCAAAGUUAAAGUUUGACAAAGAUCCUUAUUAUUGUAAAUAGUAUAGCAUCUUUCAAAUGUCAGAGCAAUUUAAAGGACUUUAGAGAUGACUCACAAGCUGAUUAUGAGACAAAAGUAAACAGGAAAGCAAUUUGAGACUAUAUAUAUAUAUAUAUAUAUAUAUAUAUAUAUAUAUAUAUACAGGAAAUAAAAAGUGAUAACCAUGUAAUAAACAAAAAAUAUAUAUAUAUGUAUUUGAAAAACAAAACAAAUACUGGAGAUUAAAACAUUUUAAACCAUUAUUACAAUAAAAUCUAUUAUGAAAUAAAAUAAUGAAUAAAAAAAUGAGUCAAAUGUUGCUCAAUCCUGAUUGGUGCACAGACGUGUGACCUCCUAACUGAAGGACCAUUUAAAACUAGUGAGAAAAUCCCAAAUGUCAAAUAACACAAACCUUUCUGACGCUAACCGACACUUUAUAUAUAUAUAUUUCUCACCUUGUUUGCAGGAAGAAUGGCACUUCCCGCCUAGUAUUACAUAAAUGGAUUUUAUUCAGAAGCCAUCACAUUGAAUGUGUUUCAGCUCUUUUUUUCUCAACCUUGAGUUUUUGUUUGGAUGCCAGUGGCGCCGAUCUGGAGGCCUGGACGCCCUCCGGACGCCCCCCCCAACAAGAUUUAAGGUCGGGAAGUCAUAUUCUGACUAGAAUCUGAGGGUGACAACGUCAGGCUACUGAUCUGCUCCAUCAUAGGACAUGAGACCGAUUUAAAUUGAUCCCCCAAAGCUGAAUAGGAAAAGACAAGACAUUUGUUUUAAAGAAAAAGAAAACACGACAUGUCAGCAUGUCUUAUUGCUAAAACUUCAUCUGAAAGGGAUUAACUCUUUACACUCAUCAUUAGAAAGCCCCUUUGUCAUGUUAGGUCCUGUGUAUUUAUGUUGUUACCUGUUCUUCAAAUAAGGUUACAGAUGUUGAAGUCAACAGAGCGAGAGUGCUAAACAGACUUAUUUAUUACACUGCCUCCUUGUCAGUAUAUCACCUGAGAUUUAUUUAUUUUGUUAUUUACCACGUCACAACAAUUUUCUUUUGCUACAUG